AUGAAACGGCUGGAAAUAAAGCCAAAAGUGGUCUUUGAAAACAUAAUCACUUGCUCUGCAAGCAACCUGUUGGGUUUUCAGUGACAAGGGAUUGCCAAGACCUACUUCAUGUCUUCCAAGGGUCCAGGAGGUCAGUGGGACAAACCGUGCCCACGGCAAUCUAGAGUGUCCAUGUCAAUCCAAGAGGCGAAUAUCGCCAGGGUUAUUUGUGUUGGCAAGAGCGGCAAAACCGAAAUGUAAUUUAAAGGAAAGCAUGGUAAUUCUCCCUUUUUUCAUCUGGGUGGUCUUUUCAUCUUCUCACACAGAAGGAGAAUACACCGCCCAGUACAAUGGACACAAACAAUAAGCCGCCAAGUUUCAGAGGAGUGCAAAUUUAACGAAGUCUUUGUGCCGACUAAUUGCAUUGGAAUACCAUUCCGAGUGAGAGGCCUCUUUGGCUCGGACUAAGGGGAUAGCCCCUUCAAAGGAGCCCUUCUCUGUCUGUCUGUAUCUCUCUCUCUCUCUCUCUCUCUCUCAACACACACCAUUCACCACCCACACAUACACACAUAAUGUUGAUAAAUGCUCGCCAAGUUUUCGCCAGUUGAAUCCCUCCAUAUUUUAAAGAAAUACUGGACAGAGUGGUAAACGCAGGUUGCAACUCUACCCCAAAAAUACAUCUACAAACUAACGAGGCCUUUGUGAGGUUUAGUGUUUUACAUUUAUCCGCGGUAUAAAGCUGUGAAGGCUUAUGCGUACACUAACAGUAGCAUCCUACGAUUUAGCCAGUACUUAAACCGUGCCUUUAUGAAAUGUAAUUAAUUAUUUUCAUCAGUAUUUGAACAUGACCGUGUUCUCGCGAGUAUAUCCGCAGAGGGAAACACGUUGAUGUAUGAGGAGACAGUUACCUAAUUAGACCAUAAAAAAUGGAAUCUUUACAGCAUGCGGGUCAUAUAAUUACUGUUAAUUUAACGCUCAGAUUCUCUGUCAUUAAUUUUUAUUCCCUUAAAUGUAGUUUGGCAGCGCUUCCUGGAGCUCAGAAAUAGAUUUUACUGUAUGAGAAAGCGCACUGGCCCCUCCGAAUGAAUUACCACAGACCCGGCAGUCCAAAUAACAAGCUUCGCAUCAUUUAUGCGUUGUUAAGCCAUGUAAUUGAACGACCCAUAGUUUGCAUAUUACACCAUUAAAGUAAUGUGCUUUGGUUUUCUCCCAACACGACUAUUUAAGCCUCUGUGGCAAUGUAGUAAUUCUCCGAAUUACAGCCCUAAUUGCCACAAAUGUUCUUUUGAUUUGGAUGAUUUCACUGUUACGCCACAAUGAUGAUCAUCAUUAGAUGAAUACAUUUUCUGAUCCUGACCAUGUCUUAAAACUUUUUUUAAGGCGAGCGACCAGGCUAUAGACAACCAUGUGAUUUGAUAUUUUCUCCCUGACUUUUCCGUUAGGCUACUUGACUGCUACUGCAACGAAAGUAGCCCACAAGUUCACACAUGUUGAAGAAGGCUAUUUAAAAGGUAUGGUGCUAACUUGUUGUAGCCUAUGGCUUACAGCAAGGAUAAAGUUAUAUCCUGUUGAGGCUGUGUAACGAUUACCUAACAAUUUAGCCCAUAUAUCCCACAUUUGAUCAAAUGAUCUCAUUUGUCGUUUGAGGUUUCAUUAAGAUAAACAGCAAUGCAAAUAAAGCUCUGGUAAAUGUUUAGACCAUCAUGGCAGUUCUUAUGAAUGAUAUGCCAGAUGCCAACUAUAGGCAAGGAUAUGUGUAAAAAAUAAAAAAUUACACGAAUGCUCACUGGGCAGACUGAGCACCGUGCACCUGAUUCUGCAAUCGAAUCUCCUUCGGGGUGAAACGUGAGAAAAGCCAUCGUAUACUUUGCAGGUUAAGCGUUAUUCUUAAAAUUGUGUCCGAUUUUACCUAUAGAUCUACACUGGGUUGCUUAUAGGCCUAUGUGCUGCUCCUCUGUGGUGUCAAAAAGAUAGUCUCUCUCUCUCUCUCUCUCUCUCUCGCUCUCUCUCUCUCUCUCUCUCCCUCUGUCUCUCUCUCUCUUUCUCUCUCGUUCAGUCUCUUUCACCCACUCAGUUUCUCCUUUGUCCCGUCAGUGAGCCGCUCUAAAUGGGCCUUUAGACACAAGAAGUGGGGGCGAAAGUAGCUGUGACGUGAGCCCUGUUGUUUCCAUUACUCUUCUCUAUGGCAACGGUCGGCGGUGAGGGAAAAUGUCCUCCCUUUGGACAAUGUCAGAUCCUUUGCACACUCAGAGGGGGAGGACAGCUGGGCCGAUUCUGACACCUGCGCACUCCACAAUGGAUUUGGAGCCGCUUGCGCCCAUGUCCCACUCCCACUAUAAGUUGGCCCACCUAAACUUUUUUUUUACUGACAGUAAGUCAUAUGAAGCCGACUAUUAGCCUAUGCAUAAUAAUUAUAUAAAAAAACAAGUGAAACAGUGAUUACUCAAAAAAAUAGUCUCACUGCAGAAAACAAACCACUACCAUGAGUGCAAUAUUAACAAAGUAUUUUUGAAAUGGCAGUUAAGGUAAUAUAUCGCAAAGCCUUAUUAAAUAGCUGUGGAUAUUCCAGUAAUAUCUAGGCUUAAGUAUGGCUCAAACUUUCAGAAAAGCACAAAAUUAAACACUUACGGCCAGCUCCCUUUUUUAUGAAGUGGAUAAUAACAAGCUCAUAAAAGUUAUUAGAGGGUCAUCAUAGUCAUAGACUAUUUAAUGUCCACUUGUGCAUUUAAAAAAAUUAUAAUCCGAAAUCAGCACAUUAAGUUUAGUAGCCUAUAAACGUUCUCAAUGUUAAAUAAAUAAGCUACAUCAACAAUUUAAGCUGAACAGACUCACAUAGGGCUAUACCUCCCCCUGAAGCUGCAUGAUACACACAUUUCUACUGACUAGUCCACAUCAGUAAUGACAUCAUCUACAGUCUGUGAAGACGGGCUGUGUUAUUAUGACACCCUCAAAUCUCAAAUUCACUACCCAAACAAGAGUGUCCAACUUCAGUCUGAAAACAAGAUCUACUGAACACAAAAUUGCUUAGUGUAUCACUAUAUUAGUCGUCGUUUAAGUACUGCUUCUAUUUUAUACUUUUUUUUAGUUUUGAUGGAGGCCUACCCAUUGCCAUUAACGAAUUGUCAUGAAUACUUUUUACUACUAUAAUUCGUUAUUCGAUUUUUUUUUGCUUAGUAGUAAAAAAUAGUUUGGCUGAAAUGAAAUGAUUGGUGGCCAUGUUUAAUCGUGUCAAUGCAUUUAGACCAAUACGCAUAAAAUAAAUAUUUACCAGCAUUUUUAAAAAGUAUCCUUAUGUUAUCCAGAAACUGUCCUGAUCAAGCUGUCAAACAAUUGCUAAAGCUUGAAAUUACAGAAUUCAAUUUACAGCAGUCCAGUGAGUUAAGUGCAAAAAGUUUGAAACAAGUCUUGGCAGGCUACACAUAAGGAAUUUGCAUACUUCUGUCUUAAAAAAUAAACAGAAACUUUUUGGUUACACACAGAAAUAUAGCUCUAAAUAUUUAUUUUAUAAUUUUGAUAACAUCAGCAUGGUAUAAUGAUACAUGCCUAAAUAUAAACACUGCAUCCUGGUUUACUAACACACCAAAUUCUACGCUAUUAUUCAAAUGUUGAAAAAACAAGCCUUUUUUCUCACAGUUUGUCUGAGAGAAUAACCUGUGCUGGUCCUCUCUCCGUUGCCGUGGCUCUUUCAGUGUCUCACGUUUCAGAGGUGCCGCAGAACUCAUAGCUCUGUUGGAAGAAAAGGGUAGUGUUUGUUAAGGCCCACAGCUGGCCAAUGAGCGUGAUGCUGUUAGAAGAGAAGACGUCCGUCAACCCUUUUCACCCAAUGGAGGUCGCCGAGGGGCGGAGCUCAGGUGCGCGCCGCUGUGUCCACUUGGCGGAGAGCCUGGGAGACGCCUGUGGCAAAAGAGUAACUGUCAAAUGCAAGGUUUCUGUAAUAAGAGCGAUCAGUCCGGCUCCGAGAGUCAUGGCGACCACAGCAUCAAAUCAUUACAACAUUCUCACCUCCAGCGCAUCCAUUGUGCACUCGGAGUCCGGGAGCAUGCAGCAAGCCACGGCGUACAGGGACGCGCAAACCCUGUUGCAAACUGACUACUCAUUGCAGAGCAACAGUCACCCGCUCAGCCACGCGCACCAGUGGAUAACGGCGCUGUCGCACGGAGAAGGGGCUCCGUGGUCGACUAGUCCCCUCGGCGAGCAGGACAUUAAACCCUCGGUGCAGACCACAAGGGACGAGAUGCACAACUCCAGCAACCUCCAGCACCAGUCGCGACCACCCCAUCUGGUCCACCAGACGCACGGGAACCAUCACGACGCCAGGGCAUGGAGAACGACUACGGCAGCUCACAUACCGAGCAUGGCAACAUCCAACGGACAGAGCCUUAUUUACUCACAGCCGGGAUUCAACGUCAACGGACUAAUCCCGGGCAGCGGACAGGGGAUGCAUCAUCACAACAUGCGAGACGCACACGAGGAUCACCACAGCCCGCACCUCAGCGACCACGGCCACCAGCCGUCCCAACACCAGCAGCACCAGCACCAGAGCCACCACGAGCACUCUGACGAGGAUACGCCGACCUCCGACGACUUGGAACAGUUUGCCAAGCAGUUCAAGCAGAGGAGAAUCAAGCUGGGCUUCACACAGGCAGACGUCGGACUCGCUUUGGGAACGCUGUAUGGAAAUGUGUUUUCCCAGACCACGAUAUGUCGGUUUGAGGCCCUGCAACUCAGCUUCAAAAACAUGUGUAAGCUCAAGCCUUUGUUGAACAAGUGGUUGGAGGAGGCCGAUUCCACCUCGGGGAGCCCGACGAGCUUAGACAAAAUCGCGGCACAGGGGAGGAAGAGGAAAAAGCGAACCUCUAUCGAGGUAACCGUCAAGGGGGCUUUGGAGAGUCAUUUCUUGAAAAGCCCCAAACCAGCAGCCUCUGAAAUAGUUUCGUUAGCGGACAGUCUGCAGUUGGAGAAAGAGGUCGUAAGGGUUUGGUUUUGUAACAGAAGACAGAAAGAGAAGAGGAUGACUCCUCCCGGAGGACAGAUCCCGGGAACCGAGGAUGUGUACGGGGACACGCCACCACACCGUGGGGUCCAGACACCGGUACAAUGAACAAACGAGGACCAUUCUUGCUUUUUCUGACUGUCUUGGUUUUUAUUUAUACCUAAAAAUAUCCAGUCCAACACAGAACUAUCCAGAGGAUAGCAGGUGUUAUGUCUAGGAGGGAGCACACGUUAGCCUACCAGUCCUAAACAACAUCAACAGCGCGCAUAGCGUAGCGAGAGGGAAGGUGGGUUUUCCUCAACAGCUAGGGGAGCGAAUGUUUUUGUAAAGAUAUACCCAGCACUGUGACAUCGCAGUUUCUAGGUGUAAACCUUUUGUGAUGGGAAGAGCCGUCAAGGUGAAAAAAUGUCAUUUUUUUAGAGCGUACAUUGUGGUCCAUUUACCGCCUAUACUGUUUACAUAUUUGACUUUUGUAGUGUAUGCAUACGGCUACAUUAUCAUUGCAUUGUUUUGUACAGGACUGCUUGUCCUACGUGAAAAGUGUCAAGAGCUGCUGCAUUCGAUAUCAGAACGCCAUUUUGACAGCUGCUGCGCUGAACUGGAGUUGAGCAUCAGGCAAAGGUUUUCACUCUAUCAGCCGUCAACAUUAGUGAUCUUGAGUAGGCCUGCAAACGCUCAAUUAAGUUGAGUUUGGAGAUUAUUAUUAUUAUUAUUAUUACUACUACUACUAUUAUUACUAUUAUUAUUAUUAUUAUUAUAAUUAUUAUUAUUACUAUUAUUAUUUGCAGAACUGUAGGCCCAUCAGGUCAUUCUCAGCAGAUCAUAUUUCAGAUAUUUCAGAUGUUUAGAUUCGGCGCAAAUUACAAGGAAUCAAUUAAGUCACGCAAAUGUCAACCACUUUUUUAUCAACUCAUGCGCUUCUUAAAACACAAAGGCUGCCACCGCCAAGCUCUGCGCCACGCGCCAGCAGUUCGCGGACAGGUCACUGAAGGGCUACGUGGCGACGGAUAUCUGACACUUCCCUCAAGCGACAAAAUAUUACCGCAUAGAUGUUCCAGAACAGCAGAAGAUCAAGUUUGUAAAUAUUGUAUAAUUUGAACAGACAUUGCUUCGUUAUUUCUCACUGGGGCACUUUUUUCUUUAAAUGAUUUAAAAACAAAACAGGUUUUAGCUGUUCGAUUAUUUUUUUAUUCAAAUUGAUUUGACAUAAUUUUGUAUUAGGCUCUAGUACAUUCUAUUUUUUAUUUAUAGUAAUUUGUAGCGAAACUAUUGCUCGUUAUUUGUAGUGUGUUACAGUUGCUUCUUGGCUUUAUUUGCUUUAAUUUCAUCUUACAUUUUUCCAGUGGGUUCAGUACACUCAGCACUAUCUUGCCAAACCAACUCAGUAUAUCUAUUUUUUGAUUCUUUCUUUCAAAAUUAAUUGGCAAAAUGUACUUCAGCUCCUGACUUGCAGACCAAUGUUUUUUUUCUGCAAUAGUUUUUUUAAUUUAUGUUGUCUGUUUUAUUCUCUCUUUUUUCAAAUGGAAAGAUAUUUAAGUACAAUUUAUAUUUACGUCUGAACUAGAAAGCAUAUUAUAUGAAAUGUUGGCACCACCUAUUAUAAUUAUUAUUAUUAUCAUACACCAUUCAAAGCCAUGUGUAGGUCUAUCAUUUCAGAAAGAGAGGCUUUGGCGAAGUUGAGGCUAAUUUUCGUUUUUGAAAGCGCUAUGAUGGAGGUGAGGUAGGCUACGAUAUGAAUGCAGAAUAAGGUGUAUUUACAUCUACAUUCUAGAGUCCGCAUAAGCGCUGAUUGAUAUGGGGGGAGAGAGGCCAAGGCUCAUCCUGUUCAUCACACGGACUGUAUAGCCUGCAGUCACCGCUAUAGGCCUAUGUAAAUAUGUCUUUCAAAACCCUAGAAAUAUUAUUUUCCCUCAUUUUACUUUUUAUUUUAAUGUUUUAAACAGAGACACUACCCAGGGAAGUGUGUUUUCUUUCUAUGUUAUUCCUGAUUUGUUUGAUUAGGCCUUCAUCUUUAUUUUCAGUGGUCUGCCUAGUGCUACUCUUUUCUUUAAAAGAAAACAAAAAGGUGGACGUAAACGCAGAUUAUUUUCUCCGUAGCUUUAAUCAAUCAAGCCUAUUAUGAAUUGAAAACAAAUUGUGGGAUGUAUUUAUUUGUUGUUUUGUUAGCUUUUUUUUGUCAUAGUCUAUCAAACUCUGUUUGGUCUGGAUGAACCUGUGUGGGUAAAAUAAAAAGCGCAGAGGGUGUGAUAGAGAUAUGUUCAAGUAAUAUUUCAUCACUGGAUACUAAGUGAACAAAAGACUUGCACAUUUGAAAAUAUUUGAAUUAUUAAAUAACUUUUUUCUUGA